AUGGAGUCGUUCAAGGAGUUUACAGAGAACCAUGUCUCCCUCCAAUCCGGUGACGCUACCCAGGACCAGGGCCAGGAUGGAGAACAACAUGUCAACGGCGACUCGCAGCACAACUCCCAACAUACGUCUAGCCAGCAGACUCAGGAGGGUAAUUCCAAACAUAUGGAGCCCAUCAAAGUUGACAGCAUUGAAUCCGAAGACAGUGAGAGGCAGGUCCCUCAAAUGUAUCCUCUACUCUCGAAUAACCCGCCGGAAUCACCACGGCUAGGGCCUGGACACAGAGAGUCCGACGAUGAAGAGGAGCUCAAUCUAUCCAGAUCCUUCAAUCGAACCACGAGCCAAUCCCCCACAGCACUCCAGCGUAAUCGAGGAGCUUUGGUAGGGAAGGUAGGAGACGAGGGCGUGGUCAAAAUGCACAAGUUCACCCUGCACGAAACGGCAACCUACUAUUACAUUGUCGGCUCAGAUCUGUUGGACUCGGCUUUCCGGAUCUUGAAGAUCGACAGAACCUCAGCACCAGGCGAGUUGAACGUCAUUGAAGAUGACAUUGUCUACACGAAGAAGGAGACGCAGCAGAUUCUCAACGCCAUUGACGAGGGCAAUCGGGCAACGGGAGGUCUCAAACUGAAAACCAGCUUUUGGGGUUUACUCGGAUUUAUCCGCUUCACCGCCCACUACUACAUGCUUUAUGUGACGAAAAGAAGCCAGGUGGCCAUGAUUGGCGGACACUAUAUCUAUCAGAUCGACAAGACAGAACUCAUGCCGUUGGUGAUGGCGGGAUCCAGUAGGGUGAAAACGGACAGGCACCUCGAAGAAGCUCGAUUCGUUGGCAUUCUGAACAACCUGGACCUGUCGAGGUCUUUCUAUUUCAGCUACUCGUACGACGUGACACGAACGUUGCAGCACAACAUCAUGCGUGAGCGUCAAGCACUGCAAGAUGGUCUUGCUGAGCCUCGGGAGGCCGACCACAACGACAUGUUUGUAUGGAACCAUCACCUCCUCAAACCUGCAAAGGGAGUCCUGCGAAAGCCUUUUGACUGGUGUCUGUCGAUUGUGCAUGGCUACGUCGACCAAAGUGCACUGUCGGUGUAUUGGGGAAGGGUGGUCUACGUGACAAUCAUCGCACGUCGAUCGAGGUUUUUCGCCGGCGCUCGCUUUCUGAAGCGUGGCGCGAACGACCUUGGAUACGUGGCCAACGAUGUCGAGACAGAACAGAUCGUCUCGGAGAUGUUGAUGACCUCAUUCCAUGCGCCAGGACCGGUCCUCUUUGCGAACAACAGGUAUACCUCGUAUGUUCAACAUCGAGGCAGCAUCCCUCUUCAUUGGACUCAGGAUAACACCGGCGUCUCACCGAAGCCCGACAUCCAUCUUAACGUGGUGGACCCGUUCUUCAGUGCGGCAGCUCUGCAUUUCGACAAUCUUUUCAAACGAUAUGGCACACCCAUCUAUGUUCUCAAUCUUGUCAAGUCUCGCGAGCGCACUCCGAGAGAGUCCAAGCUGCUCAAAGAAUACACUGUGGCCGUGAAAUACCUCAAUCAGUUCCUGCCCAUGGACAAACAAAUCCUCUACCACGCGUGGGAUAUGAGUCGCGCGUCUAAGAGUCGUGAUCAAGACGUCAUCGGCAGUCUCGAGGCGAUAGCUGAAGACAUUCUUCCCAGCACGGGAUUCUUCCAGAACGGCAACGACGAAGAAUCAGGACUGAAGCUUCAAAACGGCGUGGCGAGAACAAACUGCAUCGAUUGCCUGGAUCGAACCAACGCGGCCCAAUUCGUCAUCGCAAAGAAGGCGCUCGGUUAUCAAUUACAGGCUCUGGGGGUGAUCGAGCACCCCUCUGUCGAAUACGAUUCUGACGCCGUCAAUCUGUUCACGCACAUGUGGCACGACCAUGGCGACACCAUUGCCAUCCAGUAUGGUGGCUCGCACCUCGUCAACACGAUGGCCACCUACCGCAAGAUCAACCAGUGGACCAGCCACUCCCGGGACAUGGUUGAGAGCUUCAAGCGCUACUACACCAAUUCAUUCAUGGACGCGCAGAGACAGGAAGCAUACAACCUGUUCCUAGGGAACUAUGUCUUCGUCCAAGGCCAACCUAUGCUGUGGGACCUGACGACGGAUUACUACCUACAUCACUCCGACCCUCGAUCCAUGUUCGGGAAACGCCGACCCAGCUACCGACAAUGGUACACGCCCGAAUACCUCGAGUCGCCUACGAUGCCGCCGUCCAUCUGGCCGCGGGAGUUCCGCACCCGACCAUUGGGCUACUUUGACGAUUUCUGGGUGGAAUACUAUCGGCCGUUAGCGGUGUCAUCGUUCAAGAAGCUGUUCUCUUUCAAAAUGCACUCGAACCUGCGAUACAUCCCCCUCAGCUCGACGAUGGCGGGCAAGUACGACCUGUCUCCGUUCAAGGUGCGUACGGCGAACGAAAGUGACGGUGAGGGCCACGACAAAGGCCCCACGACGCGUAAGGGCGUCAAGAUCGUCGCGCCGUCUGAUGACACGUCGGCAGUCCGGGCGGCAGACGGCGGUUCAGCCGGGACAUCGGCCCUAGAGCCGACUCUCAUCUCCACGCCCAAACCCAAACCCAACACGCUGGGCCCGUGGCUCGACGCCCAGCAGCAGCUGCAGAACACGCUCCGGCGACGACAGUACACGGGGAUCAUCAAGGAGCCGUCGUUCGAAGUGCAGUCGGCCGGGGUGCCCAAGAUCCCCAAGCUGCCGACGGCGACGACGAGUGAGCUGACCAACGUGUCGCUGGUGGCAGGCCCGCCGACGAAAGAAGAACUGGCCCUGCAGGCCUUCACCUCGCUGAUCUCCAAGUCGCUCGACCCACAGGUCCGCCAGGCCGGCGAGUACCAGCGCUACGUGGCGCACCCGUCCACCAUCCCGCUGGUCGUGUCGUCCGACAUCGACUACUCGGCCGCCCCGCUCGACUUUCUCGAGUAUCUGAGCAAGACCACCAGCGACCCGGCCGAGCACAAGGUGCUGCGCCACUACGACGACGAACGCGGCGCCGUCAGCUUGACCCUGGAAGAGCGCGCCGAAGCCAGUCUCGACGAGUACGCCGAGUACAUUGUCAGCGGCGCCGUCGAGAACCCCCUCACCGUGUCCGAGGAGGACGGCGCCAAGAAGAGGUACAAGGCCUACCGGAAGUGGUUGAAGGGCAAGAGUCUGUUCAAGCAGCGCCCGGAUGUCGGCGAGAACACGGAUGCUGUUUGA